AUGAUGGCAAGGUUUUAUUGGGAUUUAAUAAUGCUUAUAAUGAUGGUUGGAAACCUGGUCAUCAUACCAGUUGGAAUCACAUUCUUUACAGAGCAAACAACAACACCAUGGAUUAUUUUCAAUGUGGCGUCAGAUACAGUUUUCCUUUUGGACCUGAUAAUGAAUUUUAGGACUGGCACUGUCAAUGAAGACAGUUCUGAAAUCAUCCUGGACCCUAAAGUGAUCAAGAUGAAUUAUUUAAAAAGCUGGUUUGUGGUUGACUUCAUCUCAUCAAUCCCAGUGGAUUAUAUCUUUCUCAUUGUAGAAAAAGGAAUGGAUUCAGAAGUUUACAAGACAGCCAGGGCACUUCGCAUUGUGAGGUUUACAAAAAUUCUCAGUCUCUUGCGUUUAUUACGACUUUCAAGGUUAAUUAGAUACAUACAUCAAUGGGAAGAGAAUGACUCGUGGGGAAAGCAGUAUUCAUAUGCACUCUUCAAAGCUAUGAGUCACAUGCUGUGCAUCGGGUAUGGAGCCCAGGCCCCGGUCAGCAUGUCGGACCUCUGGAUUACCAUGCUGAGCAUGAUCGUUGGGGCAACUUGCUAUGCCAUGUUUGUCGGCCAUGCCACAGCUUUAAUCCAGUCUUUGGAUUCCUCCAGGCGGCAGUAUCAAGAGAAGUAUAAGCAAGUGGAGCAAUACAUGUCAUUCCAUAAGUUACCAGCUGAUAUGCGUCAGAAGAUACACGACUACUAUGAACACAGAUACCAAGGCAAAAUCUUUGACGAGGAAAACAUUCUCAGUGAACUCAACGAUCCUCUGAGAGAGGAGAUUGUCAACUUCAACUGUCGGAAGCUAGUGGCUACCAUGCCUCUGUUUGCUAACGCGGAUCCCAAUUUUGUGACUGCCAUGCUGAGCAAGUUGAGAUUUGAGGUGUUUCAACCUGGAGAUUAUAUCAUACGAGAAGGAGCUGUGGGUAAAAAAAUGUAUUUCAUUCAACAUGGUGUUGCUGGUGUCAUCACAAAAUCCAGUAAAGAAAUGAAGCUGACAGACGGCUCUUACUUUGGAGAGAUCUGCUUGCUGACCAAGGGCCGCCGCACUGCCAGUGUUCGAGCUGAUACAUAUUGUCGUCUUUAUUCACUUUCUGUGGACAAUUUCAAUGAGGUCCUGGAGGAAUAUCCAAUGAUGAGGCGAGCCUUCGAGACCGUUGCCAUUGACCGACUAGAUCGGAUAGGAAAGAAAAAUUCCAUUCUUCUGCAGAAGUUCCAGAAGGAUCUGAACACUGGCGUCUUCAACAAUCAGGAGAACGAGAUCCUGAAGCAGAUCGUGAAGCAUGACCGCGAGAUGGUGCAGGCAAUCGCUCCCAUCAGUUAUCCCCAAAUGACAGCCCUGAAUUCCACCUCCUCCACCACGACGCCGACCUCCCGCAUGAGGACACAGUCUCCGCCGGUGUACACAGCCACCAGUCUGUCCCACAGCAACCUGCAUUCCCCCAGCCCCAGCACACAGACCCCCCAGCCGUCCGCCAUCCUGUCGCCCUGCUCCUACACCACUGCGGUCUGCAGCCCUCCCGUACAGAGCCCGCUGGCCACUCGAACUUUCCACUACGCCUCCCCCACUGCCUCCCAGCUGUCACUCACGCAGCAGCAGCUCCAGCAGCCCCCGCAGCCCCCGCAGCCGCCCCCGCAGCCACAGACGCCCGGCGGCUCCACGCCGAAAAACGACGUGCACAGGAGCACGCAGGCGCUCCACAACGCCAGCCUGACCCGAGAAGUCAGGCCCCUGUCGGCCUCGCAGCCCUCGCUGCCUCAUGAGGUUUCCACUCUCAUUUCCAGACCUCAUCCCACUGUGGGCGAGUCCCUGGCCUCCAUCCCUCAGCCCGUGACCGCCGUUCACGGCCCGGGCCUUCAGGCAGGGGGCAGGGGCACCGUCCCCCAGCGAGUCACCCUGUUCCGACAGAUGUCCUCGGGAGCCAUUCCCCCUAACCGCGGAGCCCCUCCCGCACCCCCUCCACCAGCAGCUGCUCUUCCGAGAGAGUCUUCCUCAGUCUUAACUACAGACCCAGAGGCAGAAAAGCCACGAUUUGCUUCAAAUUUAUGAUCCCUGCUGAUUGUCAAAGCAGAAAGAAAUACUCUAAUAGACUGAGCAUCUUCUCAGACCUUAUUUUAUUCUAUCUCCUGAUAGAUUCCUAUAGCCUACUACGAAGAGAUAUUUUAGACAGCUCUGGCCUACAUGCAAAAUGUAAAAUAUAUAAAUAUAUAUCUACUAUUAAAUAUCUAUCUAAAUUCCCAAGAGAAGUUCAAAAGACCUGUUUAGCAUUCAGUGUUAUAUGUCUUCCUUUCUUUAAAUCAUUAAAGGAUUUAAAAUGUUGUUGUAAGAUCGUUUAUUUUUAACCUACUUUUACUGAAUUCCUUUGAUAUAUGUAUUUCUCUACUUUAGGAAGAGUUCUUGGAUUCAGUGGAAACAAAACUCUGAUUUUUAAAAGGCAACUCAAGUGACCUACUGAAUAGCACCAACCAAAACUUCUUUCAUUAGCUGUGUCUCUGCAUCUAAAUUGUUAAUCAUUAAUUAUGGAGAAUUAAAUAGCAAGUCCCAUUUUAUAGAUCCAAAUUGUAUUUUGGUGCUUUCAAUUUUGAAUUAGGUUACAGAACACGCCGUAUGCUUGGCCACGGUUGGAGACUUGCAUUGCCACCGUUAGGAAUAUCUCUAACCUCAAACACGUUCAUUGAUCUUUCAGAAAGCUGAGGGGAUAUUUGUCUUCAUGUGUUAUCGGACUUUUACCAAGACUCAAUCAAUGUUAGUUGUAAAUAACUUUUUCAACCCAAAUAAAAAUAGCUAUUCUGUGCUGUAUGAGGGUAAAAGUCAUCACUUAAGAAUUUAGUUUUAUUGCUUCACUUCAAAACUUAGAGUUUGAAAUUUUACAAAACCUAAUUGUGACAGUUAUUCAACUGUAAUGCAAUGGCUUGAAACCUACAAUAUUAUUUUAACCUGCAAUGUUUUAUGCAAAACUGUAUGCUCAAUUCUACAAAUUGCUUGUAUUACACCAAAAAAUCAUUACUUUUCUUCCUUCUUGCCAUAACCAAGCAUCUGAAAAUAGUCCCUGCAUGCUUUUUGGGGAAAAAAAAAUAUAUAGGUUCAGAUCAGUCACUGUAGGGAGAGGCUUACAGUAUUUCUCAUUUCUAGAAAAAUAUAACCAUUCAUUAAUUGCCUAUCUUAAAAUUCCUAUAAGGCUGACUUGAAUCUCUGACAUAAGUCUAGAAGUGAGGUUUUCACUUUCAUUUAAUAUUAUUACUAUUAUUACUAUUAUUUAAAUAAUGAUUUGUAAACCACAGCUUGAUUUGGAGUUGCCAGUGUGUUCUGUGUCUUUACUGUUGGUAGUUGGUAGUUUACCCUGGUGUUGAUUUAAAAUAACUAAAUACACGAUAGCAUCAUGUCUGUUUGGGAACACACAUUUUGUUCUAUGUAUAUUGUAAUAAAAUGGUUAGUAAAUCUUAAGGCAUGUGGUGACUAACAUAGCCCUUAGAUAGGAGGUUUGUUACUCGGAACGUGCUGGAAAAUGUAUGGACGUGAUGACAGAAAGCAAGGGGCAAACUGAAUGUGAGCAUUGUUUGUUUGUCUGUUUCCUUCUCUCCAUGAUCUGUGAACAUCUGCUGCUUCUCAGAGAAGUCCCUUAGUAAUCAUUUGUGCCUAAUGCAUCCCACAAAUGUGGUGGAUGACUGGAACACAAUUGGAAGAUUCCUAAUAAACGACUUCUGUAAAUAACCCAAGUUAAGAGAAUGACCUGAAGUGGAGGUCUUUGGUAUUUUUGACACUGGCGAUACAUUCAAGAAGAACUUAACAAAGGUCACACAUUAAAUGGGGCAGGGCCUCCAGACAGACUUGAGGACAGAAAACAAAACUAAAGCAAAAACUCUAAAAUGGAUCCAUGCUGCCUGUUAUGCCUUUUACGGAUAUAAUACCUAUAAUACCAAAAUGAGUUGUUAUGUUUCCUUUCUAACAGAUCCCAGCUUGUGUGGAAGUAAUCAACAAUGCUACUCAAUGUAAUGCUGUCGUUAACAUGCUGGUGACAUCUGAUGGCAUGUCAGGAAUGGUGUAAGAAGGGGAUUGUUCAGUCUACCUAGAACCUAUGGGAAAGCUGCAAGACCAUUUACAUAUCAGUACAAAACUCCUUUAUUUUAUUAAAAUAUUGAGAAUUAACUUCAAUUUACUAAGAUCAUGUAUUGGUCCUUUAAAUUAUUAAAGGUUUACAUUUGAUAGUACUAAUGGGUUUGGUAGUGAAAUAUUUUUAUAUAUAAAUUUUUGGUUUUUUAUUUUGAGCACUAUUGGGAAACAUAAGCAAAAUUGAAUUGCAUGGUCUUUCAGUGCAACCAUAAAAUUUUUAUUCACUUUGUAACAGAAUGGACAAAAAACUAAGGUUUAUAUGUUAAACUAAAAAUAAAUGGUACAGGGUAAAUUAUAUACAUAUAUAUGUAUGAAUAUAUAUGCUUAGAUUAAGAAAAAAAAUUGACUCACAUUCCUGUAAUAUAAAAGUCCAUUGCUAGUUGAAAAGUGACCUCUUUUCUCUGUACAUAGUUAAGCCCAUGAGUAUGGAGUUUUAAUCUGUACAGAAAGAAAUGUAUUAUUGAAAAGAUUGGUCUUUCUGCUGCUGGGAAAAUAGUAGAAUAGCUGAUUCUUACAACAACUGUUAUGAUCAGGGACGAAUUAGAGUAUUUCUUUUGUCUUUGCUCAAAGCCAUAUAUAUAUAAAUAUAUAUAAAGAUUAUUAAUAAAUUCAACAGAAAAUAAACUAA